UCCGCCCUACGCUGCACUGGGUCCCGCCCACCCGGCUCCCGGCUCCCGGCUCCCGGCUCCCGGCUCUUCUACCCGGAAACUGUCCUGGCAGUCUACACUCCUGUCCUCUCCGCUUGGGAGAUUGGCAACAAUUGUGGCUAGCGGGUUGUUUAGUUGUUCUGUGAGCCACAGUUUCGGGUCAUGGAGGGGGACAGCCGCGCCGCCACGGCCUCGCAGUACCAGCCGGCCUGCCCUACGCGGGACGCAUGUGUCUACAGCAGCUGCUAUUGUGAGGAAAACAUUUGGAAGCUCUGUGAAUACAUCAAAACACACAACCAGUAUCUGUUGGAGGAGUGCUACGCUGUCUUCAUAUCGAAUGAGAAGAAGAUGGUAAGUUGGUACCUAUUUGGAAACAGCAGGCAAGACCUGAGAAUGGACCUGUGAUCUGGGUAAGAUGGCCACCCAAGCAUCUCUGAUGCAUUGUUCUGUGUGGCCUCUGAGUGACCAGUGUGCUGUCGUAAAGCAGAAUUGAAGGGACACUAGAGAAAGGCUAUGACAAUUGUUAAUACAGGGAUCUCCUGAGAAAGGAUGUUAUUGUGGAUGUAUGUUCUUCUAAAUUUUUCUUUUGGGAUCUAUAGUGGUUUGUGUAUGAAAUGUCCUCUACAGGCUACAGUGUUUGAAUUCCUGUCCCCUAGCUGGGAGUGCUGUUCUGUGGGAUUGGAACCCUUGAGAUCUGAGGCCUAGCUAGUAGAAGUGUGUUACUGGCGCUGGACCCUGAAGGUUCUACCUACUUGUUAUGACCCAUGUUCUCUCUUUCUCUUCCUCCCAGUCUGUUGUCAUGUGAGGAGCAAUUACCUCCCAUUUCUGUUGCCAUGGACAGUCACUCCCCUCAUUAUGCCUAACCUGUAGGGUUGGUUGAUGGUAGUCUGAAACCAUGAGCCAAGAUAAACAUUUGCUCACUUAGGUUGUUUGUAUGUGGAGUUGAGAAAUGUCGACGAGUACAGAAUUACACAGGGAAUCUGAGGCAGGGUCUUUCUGUGUACUUUUGUUUGGCCUGAACCUUCCAAUUCUCCUGUCCCAUCUCCCAAGUGCUGGAUUUAGAGAUGUGUCUGGCUUUUAGUAAUUUUUAUAAAUGUCCAAUGUAAGAAAAAUUUGUGGUUUCCCAGGUAGCAUUAGGAGCUUUUUACAUAUAGCCUGGUUGGUGUUUGACGUAUCUGGAGACUGAUUAAAAGUAUAAAUUGCUGUGUUAGUUUAUCUAGGCCUCAGUGUGCUUGCCUGCUCUUGUUCUCUCUCUGUGUCUCUGUGUCUCUACCACACCCAGCUUAGUAUUUUUCUGAAUAUUUAUCAUUUGUUUGUGGCCUGUGUGCGAGCAUGUGUAGCAGGUGCACACAGAGGUGAGAAUGAAGCUUUGUAGUGCUGCUUCUCGCCUGCUCUGUGGAGGGAAUUUCUUCUGUUUCUGUUGCUGUGCUGUAGGCUCUGGGUUCGCUGGCCUGUGAGCUUAUAGGCCUGUCUGCACCUUUCACUUGGCCGCAGGAGUGCUGGGACUGCAGGUAGAUGUUUAAUACCACGUCCAUAGGCUUUUGACGUGAGUUUCUGGAGGUGGAGUUGAACUGUCAGGCUUCUGUGGCUGGUCCCUUUUCCUGCUGAGUCAUCCCUGACUCAAGAUCUCCUACUUCACUAAGUCGUAGGUAAAUGUGACCAGUGCUGUGGUGGAGGAGAACUGGUCAGCAGGCCAGGAGGAAGUGGGGCUGUUAGUGGGCAGCAGCUCUUAACUCAUCUGAAGGGAGGGAGUGUACUUGUUUGAUAGAUCCAUUUCUACUUUCCUCAGUUGGAGCUGGAGCUGCAGGGAGCACUGGGCACACAGUGUCCCCUGUGUUGAUUAUCUCUUCAUCUCAUCAGGGAAAGUGUUAGCACGCUGAGACACGCUGAGGAAACUCCAGGUGCUGUUAGCACACUUGUACGCUCAACGGGUGUUCUGGUGCGUUUUCUCCUGCAACAUUUUCUCCUGGGUUUGAAGCACCAGCCUGCAUACCUGUCCCUUGAGAGUCCUAUGUCCUCCUUGCCAUCAGCUGGUGCUGGCAGUGCCUUGUAUCUGGAGAGUAAGAGGUAGCCUCCAUUCUGUAACCAGCAGGGCUGUGAGAACUGUCUUUAUCCUUCUCCCUUGAGAUGAGAUCCUUCCCAAGCACAUGAAAGGUUGGCUGCUUUGUUUGUUUUUUCUUUUCCUUUUUUGGUUUAAUUUUUUUUUUUAAAUUAGAAAAGUAAUACAAAUUGGAAAGUCAUGCUCUUCCUUGCCCUCACCUCGGGAAACCCCUACUUAGCAGUUUGGAGGGCCACUCACUUCCUGUCGCUGUAAAUGGUACAGGGGACGAAUCACGGUGAGGAGAGGUUAUUUUGUGCUCAUUUUGGGUUUCAGUCCAUGACUGCUUGGCUCUGCAUUUGCGCCUGUACUGAGGCACAGACAUGUGGUGGGGCAGAGCUGUUUGUCUUAUGGCCAAGGAGAGGAAGAAGAGGAAAGGGCUGGGCUCCUAAUGUCCUUCAAGGAUACACCCCCAGUGACCAGGACACUUCUCACUAGGCUUCACUGUGUUUUUGUUUUUAAGGUCUCAGUAUGUAGUUCUGACUGGCCUGGAACUCUGCAUGUACCUCAGGCUGGCCUUGGACUCGCAGGGACCCACCUGCCUCUCCCUCUUGAGUGUCAGGAUUAAAGUGUGUGUCACCACACCCAUUCUGGCUUCACCACUUGAAGCUUCCACUGCCUCUCUAUUGCCACCCUGAUAAGUAAGCCUUCAAUACAAGGUUUUUUUUUUUUUUUUUUUCCCCCUGGGGGUGAGGGUGAAUGGGUAGUGAAGAUCCGAAGUGUAGAAGAUACCUUUGAAGCCUUCUUUUGCAUUCAUGCAUGUGAAUAAGUAUAUGCUUCUUAAUGCACAUUUUGAUCUUUACAUGCUCAAACCUUGAAAUAUAAUACAAAAUACAUCUGCGUCCUACAAUCAGUUUUUCUGUCCAACUAUAGAACAUGGGGUGUUACGGAACAGUGUGUCACACACUGAUUGUUUAGCCGUGUCCCAGUCACUGGCCACUUUUCAGAGUUGCGGCUUUGUGUUUCCUCUCAUUUAGCUUAGGAGUUACAAGGAGAGGACGUUAGGCCGACGGCUGCUUCCCUGCUAAUGUGCUGCUGUGUGCUGACCGUGAUGUUGGGAUGGACCGUCCUGCACUAACUGGGUUAACCUCAGUGAUUAUUAUUCCUAGGAUUAUCAUGUCGUUCUGCUUCAUGUGUCAAGGGAAGGACAGAGCUUCAUUUAUGACCUUGAUACUAUUUUGCCAUUUCCCUGCCCUUUCGACAUUUACAUAGAAGAUGCCCUUAAGUCUGAUGAUGACAUUCAUCCACAGUUUAGGAGGUGAGGAAAUUCAGUACCAAGCUACUGAUUUUCUGAAGUAAGACUUGGUGAUUACACAGAAGUCCCCUCUCUGCCUCCUUCCUCCUUUCCCUCCCUUUCCUUUUCUCAGUCUUUUUCUCUCUUCUCCCCUCCCCCUCUGCGCUUCCUCUCCCUUCUCCUCUGUCUCCACCCUCCUCUUUCUGCAUUAUUGGUGUGCCUGUUAUGCAAGAGCUUAAGAGCAUCUUAAAGCUUUAAAGGUUCCUCGUCAUUCAAAGGGUUGGCGGCAUUAUAAAUAUCAGUGUGCUGAGGACCAGCCAAGCUUGAAGACCCAGGUUCCAUCUCUGAGAUUCACAGGGUGGAAAGAAAGAAUUGAUAUCUAUAGAUUACCUUUGACCAUAAACACACACACACACACACACACACACACACACACACACACACACACGUGUUAAGAAAAAAGUGUGGGUUGGGGAUUUAGCUCAGUGGUAGAGUGCUUGCCUAGCAAGGCCCUGGGUUCGGUCCCCAGCUCUGAAAAAAAAAAAAGAAAGAAA